UGUAUUUCUUCCUGUGUUAGUCCGUUUCUUUGCCUGACCCAUCAGCUGACGGGGCAGAGAAGUCUGAAUGAGUGCUGUGGUGCACUUGUGAUGCCCCUGGAGGUGAAAUGGCCGUUUCCACAGUGCCCCCGCCUGGGCUGGAGGAUAUCCAGCUCACUGGUGAUGGGCAUGGUGGGAUCAUACAGCUACCUAUGGACCAAGUAUGUGAACUCGUUAUCAGUUCACAACCAAGACGUUUUGUUGGACUUGGUUGAUGAACGGCCUCAGGACACGCCCCUUAUCACUGUAUCCAAUCACCAGUCCUGCAUGGAUGACCCGCACAUCUGGGGGGUGUUGAAACUUCAGCAGCUAUGGAACUGGAAAAGAAUGAGGUGGACCCCUGCAGCCUCAGACAUUUGCUUCACAAGGGAAAUCCACUCACGGUUUUUCAGUAGAGGAAAAUGUGUGCCUGUAGUUCGGGGUGAUGGAGUGUAUCAGAGAGGAAUGGACUUCCUCGUGGAGAGACUCAAUCAGGGGGACUGGGUACAUGUAUUUCCAGAAGGAAAAGUGAACAUGACAGAGGAGUUCAUCAGGUUAAAAUGGGGAGUUGGCCGUUUGAUUGCAGAAUGUUCCCUUCACCCAGUUAUUUUACCUCUGUGGCAUGUGGGUUUGAAUGAUGUACUUCCAAAUAAAACACCCUACAUCCCUCGGGCAGGAAAGAGAAUAACUGUCUUGGUUGGAAAGCCCUUCACAGUCAAGCACUUGGUUGAGGCCCUGAGAGCAGAAAACAGAAGUCCGAUGGAAAUGAGGAAAGCGGUGACGGACUUCAUUCAGGGCGAGUUUCGCAGUUUGAAAUCCCAGGCAGAAGCUCUUCAUCAGAGGAUGCAGACUGGGAGGUGAUCUACACAUCAGGAGCCUAUUGCCUCAGGAAAUGCUGGACGUGAUCUGAAAGACAAAAUACAUAAACCUGCCUCAGCAGGCGGCAGGUGGGCCAUAGUGUGUCGCGGCGCCUUCCAAUCACAGAAGUGUGGAGUGGAUUUACUGACAUUAAUGGAUCACUCUUGGUCACUUCUGAUCGAUGCUUCAUCCGUCCAGGAUCUGUGUUAGUGAUUAAAAUUUAACUGAGGCCUCAGCGACAAACAGCACGGAAAUUCCUCUGUUUUUGUCAUGAAGGGAAUCGUUUUCUAGGUUUUGUGGUGGCCUGAGAGAAAUUUCUAGUGAAUAAACUGUUCCUUAUAUUAAUUUUAGAUCUUUUAAAUGCUAAUCUGCCAAUAUUCAAAUGUAAUUAUUGCACGAAGAUGCAUCUGCAGCUUGUCUGCAAUCUGAACUGUUGAUUUUUGAAUUGCUAUGUUGCAAAUUUUUUUUCUAAUAUGAAAAUCUUAAAGGGUCCAUAUAAUAGAAAACUGAUUUUUUUUUUUCCUUUUUUCUAAGUUUCAAAACAUUCAACAUUUUUCAAGUUUCAAAACAAAACGUUCACUCCUCAGUCCAUACAGUCCAUUUUGAAAGGCCUGUUUUAAAAUUGCUGUUUCUGUGAUGUCACAAAAUCCAACACAUUUACAUAUAGUUGCCUGUUUAGCCUAUGGCAGUCUUUUUCCCACCCUUUCAUGUUGCCGUUACAAGGAGAGUUUCAACCCCGACUGCUUUUUAAAUGAGGCACAUAACUUAUAACUUACAUAUAUCAGUCUUUAAGGCAAAGUACCAAAAACAGCCUGUUUUAAUUCUAAAAGAUAAAGAGAGGCUGUAAAAAUGAAUUAUGACUGUUUUUGGUACAUAAAACCUAUACGGACGUUUUACAUGGACCUGAGGGGUAAAUGCUAAAUGCAAGAAAAAGGAUGGAUAUGGGCCCUUUAAGAGUGGCAGCAUUUUUUAAGAAUAAAUAUAAAUCAUGACUAUGUCAAUGCUUUUGAGAGAGAUAUAAAAGUUUAGAAGUAGCUUUGCACAGUUAUUUCAGUUUAAAUAAAACUGCUAAAUACUUUGGCAUGACAUGAUUUUAGAGCCAGCAAAACGGUUUACUCAGAAAAUUAUAUUUUCAUAAAUUUUUUCAUAUCUGUUCAGAAUUUCGUUGAACAUACGAACUUGAAUGAUACUUAAACAGUUACAGUUGGACUUAAUUAAAGCUUUUGGCUUUUGGUAGGGUUUUGAAAAAAAAGAUUUAGCUCUAGUGUAUAUUGGCAGCUGAAUGUGAUUUUCCCCCCCUCUGCUGUCUUCCUUGAUCAUAUCUUAAUUAUGUGGUUAUGUAUUAUUACUUCCUCUGUCUCGGAUGCCUUGUCUGCUUUUCUGUAUUUUCAUACCUUUUCCAAGAUUCACAACGUUGAUCAUCUAGUACAGUCAUGUCUCUGCAUCAACCUGUGAAAAACUGCCUUACUGAACCUCACUGAACCACCACAUGUCUCCCUAUAAACUAUAUGCCAGUAAAAACAAAGAUGGGCAAAACUG